UCUCCACCAAAAAAAACGAACGAAAGACCAUUUUCUUCUCUGCCUGUGCCUAUAAGUUCGUUUCGCAUUCGGUUUUGGGUUUUCGGUUUUUCUGUUGGCAAAGUAAUUCACUAUUUCUGCACAUGCAGUUUUCCUUUUGUUUCUCUUUUUGAAAUACAGCAUAACAUUUUCAAAAUAGUUCCUCCAGUAUCCAGUUUCGAAUCGAAGAAAAAGGAAAACCCGCAUAUUCGAGCCGAAAACGAAAAGAAAAACCCACAGAAACAGUAACAGAAGAACUCGACCGUCAAAACACUUUUCUUUUUGUUCGUGCGAACCGAAGCGACUUCAACAAAAACCAAUUUUGUGCGAAAAAUGUCGUCCACCGUACAACAGCAGCCACUGCUGCAGCAGACCAAUAAUGAAGACAAAAAGCCGUCUGCCGACGAGCAACUAGAAGCAGCCGAGAAUUUCAAGAAUCAAGGAAAUGAUUUGCUCAAAACUAAGGAUUUUUCCAAAGCGAUAGAUAUGUACACCAAAGCCAUAGAACUUAAUCCCAACAAUGCUAUAUACUACGCAAAUCGUAGUUUAGCUCAUUUGCGUCAAGAAAGUUUUGGUUCAGCCCUACAAGAUGGUAUAUCUGCGGUUAAAUUAGAUCCAGCAUACUUGAAGGGCUAUUACAGACGUGCAGCCGCUCAAAUGUCAUUAGGAAAAUUUAAGCAAGCUUUAUCCGAUUUUGAAUAUGUAUCCACAUGUAGACCAAAUGAUAAAGAAGCUAGAAUGAAAUUUACAGAAUGUAGUAAAAUUGUUAAAAUGCGUGCAUUUGAACGGGCUAUCGCUGUAGACAAACCAGAAAAGACACUCUCCGAAAUGUUCCGUGAUUUGGAAAAUAUUACUAUUGAAGAUGAUUACCAAGGUCCAGCGUUGGAGGAUGGUAAGGUUACGCUUAAAUUUAUGGAAGAUCUUAUGGAACACUAUAAGAAACAAAAAAAACUCCAUCGAAAAUAUGCCUACAAAAUUCUAUAUGACAUUGAUGUAUAUCUGCGUACUCAACCGUCCCUGGUGGAUAUUCACGUGCCAGAUGAAUCAAAGUUCACAAUUUGUGGCGAUAUUCAUGGUCAGUUUUAUGAUUUAAUGAAUAUCUUUAGCAUCAAUGGGCUGCCAUCACCAACUAAUCCCUAUUUAUUCAAUGGAGAUUUUGUUGACAGAGGCUCAUUUUCUGUAGAAUGUAUUUUCACAUUGUUUGGAUUUAAGCUUCUUUAUCCUGAUCAUUUCUUCCUGUCUAGAGGUAAUCAUGAAAGUAUAAACAUGAACCAAAUGUACGGAUUUACCGGUGAAGUAACUGCCAAAUAUACAAGUACAAUGGCAGAUUUCUUCACUCAAGUAUUCAAUUGGCUGCCAUUGUGUCAUUGUAUAAAUAAUAAAAUUCUUGUAAUGCAUGGUGGACUCUUCUCGAGUGAUACUGUGACGCUGGAUGAUAUUCGUAAAAUCGAACGCAAUUGCCAGCCACCAGAAGAGGGUAUCAUGUGCGAAUUAUUAUGGUCUGAUCCACAACCAUGGGCGGGUCGUGGUCCAUCGAAGAGAGGUGUAGGCAUACAAUUUGGCCCAGACAUCACAGAGGCAUUUUGUAAGCGUAAUAAUCUUGACUAUGUUGUUAGAAGUCAUGAAGUCAAAGACAUGGGCUAUGAAGAAACUCAUGAUGGAAAGUGCAUUACUGUGUUUUCUGCUCCAAACUAUUGCGAUACAAUGGGUAACAUGGGAGCGUUUAUAACAAUCAAAGGCAACGAUCUGAGACCAAAGUUCCAGCCGUUUGUGUCUGUGCCUCAUCCGGAUGUUAAGCCGAUGGCCUAUGCAAAUAGUUUAAUGAGUUUACUAGCGUAGUCACAUUUAUGUUAAACAAAACAAAAAAUCAAUUUCAAUCAAAUAAUAAUAAAAAACAAAAUAAAAAAAAAACAGAUAAAACCAAUCAAGCAAUCUACAAAUAGAGCAUACAGCUUUUAAACAGAAACAACAAUAAAUAAAACAAAAACAACAAAACUAUUUUAUGAAGAAAAGCAUUGAAAAACAAAACUUAGAAAACAAAACAAAAAACCCGCAUAUCACGAUAAUCACGCAUUGACUAGAACAACAGUCCUCAAUUAACAAUAUUUUUGUGUUGGCCCAUUCCCUCAUAUUAUAUAUAAAAUAAUUAAUUGUACAAUGUACAUUCUUUUUACACUUUUUAGAUUUAUUAUUAUUUUACACGUUGAUGUGUACAAAUUUGUUAAAUUUGAGAUUUUUAGGACUCUUUUGAGUUAAAUAUCUGCUGCUCUCCUGUGAAUCCUGCGAAAAAGUUAAACAAAACAAAAUAAAUCAAAAACCACAACACAGCAACGACCUAGUCCCAAAGAUUAUCCAUCGCUUUUAACAUAAACAAAUAAAAGAAAGAAAAUAAAAAACAAAAACUUUUUUGUUGCUGCUACUGCUGCUGAUGUUGCUGCUGCUGAUGAUAUCCUUGGAUUCUUCGUUUCGUGUUUAAAAGCCGGUGCGCGCGUAUGUUAUAAGUGAAUUAUAGGUAUAUAUAUAAUAAUGAAAACAGCUAAUGUUUUAAAACAAAAAAUAUGUUAAUAUUGUUUUCAGUUUUAUAACUGUGUAAAUAAAAAACAAAACAAAAUUAUAAAUGAACAGUUAUAGAAAAAAAAUUAUGUACAAGAAUACAAUUUUCACAUUUUUUAGAUCCUUAUUUUAAAAAUUUUAAAUAAUAAAAAAAAAAUAAAUAAUAAAAACAAACGAAGCGAUAAAUUGA